AUGAGCACAUCAACACGGCCGUAUGCAUUGCUACGCAACAUUGUCGCCUCAGCGAGGUCAGGCUCCGUCAUAGUCCGCCCAAUCGCACCGCUUUGUCGACCCUCUUCUACAAGGCCAUGCUCUCCGUCUAAAACCCAAUGGACUAGCAAAAGGAAGUGGAGCUCGUCGGCUUGGAGAGCUGCCUCUACACCAGGUCGCAAUGAUCCUGAUGCCAAGGACGACAAGACGAAAGCUGCCGAGCCUCAAAAGACAGAUGAGAGGUUCUACAUGCCACCGCCGCCUGAACAUCUACAGCAAAGAAUUGAUGCAGCUAUUCUCGAUGCCGCAAGAGCUUCCCGGCCCGCGCCUCCACGCGAAACAGCGCCGGAGGCGAAGCUUGUAACUACUGUAGAAGAACAGCCUGCUGGACCGGCUUUCGCAACCCCUGCGCCAGAAACACUAGAAGAACCUCCAAAGGAAACUACUGUCGAAGAAGAGAUCCUAAACAUGGAAGCGGAAGUAGUGGCUGAGAAGGUCGCAAAAGAGGAGGCAGUCAUUGAAGAGGCACUGCCUUCAAAACACCAAGAGCAGAGAUGGCACCUGUCAAAGCGGGUGCAAGAACGCAUGGAUGAGCUGCUAGCAAAGGCUGCAGUCGUCAGUCACAAAGUCAACAACUACACCGGCACCGACUACUCUGGCAUUGAACGCCUGCGUCGCGACAUCAUCGACCAAGAACAACUAGUCAAGGCCGCCCAUGCCGAAGUCAAUGCCGCAAAGGUUGCAUACACAACAUCCUACAGCCAACAAGCUGCCUCGCAGAAAGAAGUCGUCGGCCUUCUCGAACGCAAACACUCAUGGUCAGCCGCUGAUCUCGAACGCUACAUGUCCCUCAUCCGCUCCGAACACUUGAACGAACAGGCUGACGCCAGAGGAAAGCUGGAGAAAAAGGAACGCAAGCAAUACCACGAAGAGCAAAUCUGGAGUGACACAAUCCGUCGCAACAGUACCUGGGUGACAUUUGGUCUCAUGGGUCUGAAUAUCUUCUUGUUACUGGCCAACUUGAUCAUCUUCGAACCCUGGAGAAGACGAAGAAUCGUGAGAGAAAUCAAGACUGCUCUGGACGAGAAGACGACAAUGGCACCAUCCUUCGCUCCUGCCGUCGAGGCUGAAGUCGACAAGGUUAUAGAGCCCAUCGAUCAACCUCUAGAGAAGCUCGAAGAGCAGGUCGUUAACACGGUUGAGGCAGUUGCUACAGAAGUCAUGCCGGAGACGGCGACAGAAGUAGCGCCUGAUGUGCAACCCGAAGCCAUGGCCGAUAGCGAAGUAGCAACUGGAGAGGCACCCCUAGCAGCUGGAGAACUGUUGCCCGAAGAGGCCGCUGAAGUCGGCGAUCCAAUUGCAGAGAUCAACGAAACCGCAGAGAAAGCAGUCGAAGAGCCGACACAACGACCAGAACCUAAGAGCUGGGAGGAGAGGUUCGCGCUCUGGAAGCAAGUUCUGGCUGCCAAGCUAGUCCUCUACAAGGCCAGACUGCAAGACCUCUUCUCCGACCGUCAAGUCACAGUCAAGAGAAUUGACGUGACGACGAUAGCUCUCGAGGGCGCUGCAGCCGGUGUGGCAGUAGUCGGACUUCUGUGGGCGCUGCUCAACGCUCGAUCAUGA